AGUGAAGACGUAUGGCCCCGCCCUCGGGGGAAAUACAGUGUUUUUACGAAGAUACUUGUGUUCAUUGCUUGUAUCAGUCAGGUGAUUUUUAUAGCUCAAUGGCAGUGGUUGGGGCAUCACAAAAGUAGAUAAAAUACUAAAUAAUUAAAGGAAUAUACAGUAACAGUUGGCAACGUAAGAUACAACAUUUGAAGAUGGUCUGUGGGGGUUUUACGUGUUAUAAGAAUGCUCUUUGCUCGCUCAACGUGGUGUACAUGUUGGUCGGUCUGCUGCUGAUUGUUGUGGCAGCUUCGGGGAAAGGCUUCGGCAUUGUGUCCAGCAUUCGCAUCAUUGGUGGGGUCGUUGCCGUGGGUGUCUUCCUGCUGCUCAUCUCCAUUGUGGGCCUCAUCAGCGCCCUCAACCACCACCAAGUCAUGCUUUUCUUCUACAUGGUCAUUCUGUUCCUGGUGUUCCUCUUCCAGUUUGGCGUGUCCUGCGCCUGCUUGGCUAUAACCCAAGGACAGCAGGUUAAGCUUUUAAGUGCUACUUGGGGCUUAAUGAGCAACGAGACACGGGUGGGCGUGGAGAUGAGUUUGGAUUGCUGUGGCCUGGUGAACACCACCCAGAGCUCGGAGCAGUUUAAACAGGAUAUAGAUCUCUGCCCAGCACCCUGUAAGAAGACCAGCACAUGUUUCACCUGUGGGGACAAGAUGCUGCACCGUGCUGCGUGGUCCCUGAGAAUCCUGGGUGGAGUCGGACUCUUCUUCAGCUUCACAGAGAUCCUGGGUGUGUGGCUGGCUGCACAUUAUAGGAACCAGAAGGAUCCAAAGGCCAACCCUAGUACGCUCCUUUAGCGGCAGAGGACGGACAACGCCAGCGUACUGUAACCACAUACACAAAU